AUGUCUAAUGAUUUUCCGAGUGGCCGCCUGCCGGCGCUUCGACGAAGGAGAACGAAAUCUUCCGAUGACAUGGGCACGGCUCUGGAGUCCGGUGGGUCGAGUCCAUCUGAGCCAACAGCCAAAGAGGACGCAGAGGGAGCCGAAAACACGGCUGCGUCACCCGGCAUCCAAACCGAAAGCGAGGAGGCUUCCAGUGUGAUCCUCGACUCCGUCGGUGACGAUCUCGAAGACGAUCCAGGAGCUCUUGUCUUGGACGAGGGAUUGGACGUCUUCGUGCAGCGCAGCAGCGAGGCCUGGGUCAUUACUCCUCUGUCUGGGCACUUGCGCUUGGAGUUGAGACCAAUGCCGGCGGAUGGCCUGCCCCCUGCAGGCAGUGAUGGUGUCAUCUGGCGUCUGGAUGACAAGGUUCUGGCUCAGGGCACGGAGGAACAGUGGGAGGACGGCGAGGAUUUUCCGUCGGCAGCGCGCCAAGACAACGAGGGCCUCGCCCGCUCCGUAUCAAGGAGGAUCAAGAAGGUGAGCUCCGGGAUGAGACGCCUGAGGAGUGUUACAGAGAAGUUGGAGGCAAAACUGGCAAGAUACCAGGAGGAUCAGGUGCAACUCGAGAAGCAGCGGCGGCGCCUUCAGCGAGGACGAGAGGACCUCAGCAAGGAGCAGGGAGACCUCGCAAAGCUUCGGAGUCAGCUGGAGGAAGAGCGGGCCAAGCUGGCGCUCCAGCGCUCUGAGUUCAACGAUGAGGUGCGCAAAGUGACGGAGAACCUGGUGCACAGCAAGAGGCUUGCCGUGGGUGACUCAAUGCUUCCUCCGUCUGUCUUCUUUGCAGCUGCGCAGGAGGUAUUUGUGCGUGGAGCUCCUGAGCUCCUUCCCGAAGAUGAGGCGGCUCUGGCUCGCAUGCGGCCGCGGCCGGAGGCGGCCUUUGGAACUGCCUGCAACGACUUCCUCGCAAGCGGAGCUUGCCUCGGCGCAGGUGCAGACGCAUUGGUGAAUGCCCUGCUGGCGUUUCAGUGCCUUCUCGAUGCCAAGGCUCCUGUGCGCGUGGCGCAAUCCUUGGAGCAGCUCGCGGGCGUGUCAAGGGGAGUGGCCAAAGUUGCCAACGUUGGCGGUCGAAUGCGACUGUCUUUUGCGGCCUCCUCCUGUACACUUUGGUGUGGCUUGCAGCUGGCAGACUACCUUGCCCAGCGCUGGGACGAGGCCAACCUCCCCGAGGUCAUCCAGGAGCUUUCUGAAGAGAACCCAGAUGUUGGCUUUCUGCAGAAACGCUCAAAGUUCAUCCAGCAGAUUGGCUCUUCCAUGAAACGCGUGCUGAGGAGCCUCGUAGACUAUGCAGACCACAGGCGCCGCUUCCUCUGCUGCCUGGCCAAGCCAGGCGUAGAUGCUGCCGAAUACGACCUGCGUCUGCUCUUCCUGCCGCGCGAAGCCCGGCCAUCGGAGCUCGCGGCACAUGUCCGACGGCUCAGGCGGAAGCUAAGCGCGUAG